UGAGCUCUGUAUCUGCCAAAACGAAACGCUGUCCUGUACUGGCCUCCCCUCGGAGAAGAGGCUCCUCAGAGUGCCUGUGCCAGAGCCCAACGAGUACAAUGGCACCUUCACUGUCUUAAAUUUCAAAGGAAACUCUAUUUCUUACAUUGAGGAAACUACUUGGAAGGCAUACCCUUGGACUGAGAAACUAAUUCUCAGUGACAAUCAUUUGACCGAAUUACGUAAGGAUUCAUUUGAAGGCCUGCUAUCCCUCCAGUAUUUAGAUUUAUCCUGCAAUAAAAUACAGUUUAUUGAAAGACGUACAUUUGAAUCACUACCUUUUUUGAAUUUUAUAAAUCUUCGUUGCAAUUUAAUCAUAGAAGUUGGCUUUGGAACAUUUCAGGCCUGGCAUGGAAUGCAGUUUUUACACAAGAUAAAUCUCGAUCAUAAUCCUCUGACAACUGUUGAAGAUUCGUAUCUUUUUAAAUUGCCAGCAUUAGAAUAUUUAGAUUUGGGAACAACACAAGUGUCACUUACAACAGUUGAGAAUAUCCUCAGAAUGAUGCUCAAGUUGGAAAAACUGAUCUUACCUAGUCAUAUGGCAUGCUGCCUGUGCCAGUUUAAAAGUACCAUUGAAGCUGUCUGCAAGACAGUCAAGCUGCAUUGUGACAGUGAAUGUCUGAGAAACGCCACACGUUGCAGUGAAGAAGCAUCUCUAGGGGCUGCAGAAGGAUCAUUUAUGAAGGCAUUACAAGCCCGGAAGAAGAACACCAGCACUGAGCUGACUAUUGAGCCAGAAAAAGCAUCCUCAGACAAAAGUGGUGUCAAUUUGUCAACUGUCCUGAAUGAGCCACUAGACUUUAAUGAUGAAAAUGAUGUUAUUAGUGCACUAAAUUACAUAUUGCCUUAUUUCUCAGAGGGAAAUCUAGGAGACAUAGAAUUAACAUUAUUACCGUUCAUUAAACUGCUUUUUUCAAAUCCCUGGGAAAACCACGUGGCAACGAUCCAGAGAACAACUGUCGGGAAAAGACUGCAAAGGGUGAACAGAGUCCUCAAGAAGCCAAGGGGCAUGAAGAAAAGGCACUUCAAAGAAAUGGAAGAUCAGAGCAUCAACAGGAAACAAGGGGCCAAGCCAUUUAUGGAGAACACCCCGGAAGCAAGAAGGCCCAGGGGGCCAGCCCCAAGGGAGCUGGAACAAUUUCACAAAGUGCUGAGGCCAAGGAAGUUAGGGGAAAUCUCCUUCCACAAAGAGCCUUCAUUCAUCAAGGAACAUAAGGCAGCAGUCUCUUCUUUCCUGAAACAAUACUCGAUGCGCAGGCCUUCUACCUCGCCUCCUUCAAAAGCCCCACCUGAGGUUAGAAACCAAUUAAAAGACUUGACCUACACCAUUUUUGUUUUAGAAGAUGCAAAUGCUAGAGUUAAAAACAUGAAGUUUCCUGAACCAGUAUCCCAUUCCAGAAAAAAUUACAUCUUUCAUAAAUCUCGCUCUCGUGUAGUUCACAGAAGACCAAAGGUUAAACAGAGUCGAAGGUUCAGAAAAGUCCGUAGACUGAUGCUUAAAAACAGACCUCCUUUCUCUGCAGUCAGGAGUCUCAUAAAUUCCCCUCCACAAGAGGCUUCUUCGUUUUCAGGAGAACUGAGUUCUCCAGAAAAUCCUUUUCCAGAAUUAUUUCCUUUUUCAGAGCCUUCUGCAAAAAACACUACUGCACACAAUGCUACUGUGCUAGAUGAGACUACCCGUGAGAUCAUUGCCCGUAAGGAUCCUUCCACUGCAGAUUCUGCUGUGACUGCAGACAACUUAAUGCCACCUGUUAAACAAACCAAUGAAACACAUUGGGAAUACCAUCACAUGGGCACUGACUUACCCUCCAAGCCCAAUGGCUCCUCUCUGUCAUUGCACUCAUCCCCGGGUGAUCAAUUUGAAACUCAGCUAAACCAACAGCUACGGUCCCUCAUCCCCAACAAUGACGUGAGAGGGCUUAUUUCUCAUGUUAUCCGGACUUUGAAAACGGACUGUUCGGAGCCCUAUGUACAACUGGCCUGUGCCAAGCUCAUCUCCAGAACAGGCCUCCUGAUGAAGCUUCUCAGUGAGCAGCAAGAAGUUAAGGUGUCCAAGGCAGACUGGGAUACAGACCAAUGGAAAACUGAGAACUAUAUCAAUGAGAGCACAGAAGUCCAGAGUGAGCAAAAAAAGCAAGAGUCAAGUGAGCUCACAAAAGAAGUUCCAGGAUAUGGCUAUAACAACAAGCUCAUCUUGGCAAUAUCUGUGACUGUGGUAGUGAUGAUUCUGAUUGUCAUUUUCUCCCUCAUUGAGAUUUAUUCUCAUAGAGCAGCAUCAAAGGAAGAUAAAGAAGGAUCCUCACGGGGCUUUUUCCGAAGUCUGCUUCAUAGGAGAUGCACGUCAGAAAGUGAAAGUCAGGAGGGCUUUUUCUGGAGAAGGCGGCCACAUUGGCUCAGGGAUAUGUAUAGACCUCUCAAUGCCACCCGCAAGAAAAACAUGGCACAGAAGCUACACGACAAGGAUUCUUCUGAUGAGGAUGAGAUUUUCAACAAGGACGCCAGGGAGGCCAGUGAGGCCGCAACAGAGAAGUCCGCGCCUACAGAGACUGUUAUAGAGAUCGGUAAGCCUGGACUACUGCUCACCUCCACAGACAUCGGGGCCUCUUGCUCCUGGAAGUCCCCAGACUCAACCAGCUCUGGCUCCGAGGACCUGGUGUGA